GAUUGCUUUCAUUCGUUUGGUUAUAGCAACACUUAUUAUCUGUCAAUAUGGAACCCAUUUGUUAUUGUGCAUACACAAAUAUUGUGUAAAAAUAAAAUGUUUAUUUAAAACAAAUAUUAAAAUAACUAAUAUAAAACAAAUAUGUAGAAACAUUUUAGUGAAGUGUGUUCAAUAACCCGCGUAAUUAAAUUUGGGUAGUUUGUUUGGUCAAUAAGUUUUAGAUUUGUUCUGUACAAAGUUUAUCUCUGGUGCAAAGUAUGUUUUAUCAUAAGGCAUGGCAGGAAGUCCAAAAUUAGCUGAUUUUCAUAAAAAAAGUAGUCCAAAUACUUCCAAAAAAGUUAGACAUCCUGUACAAUAUGCAAAACCUGGUCCUUUCACGAAGUCGAAACUUUUUCAAGAAUGUCCGGAAGCGGAUAUCCGUAUGCUAAAGGAUGCAGCUGCAAAAGUCGUUUUUCAGCCCGCAUCAGCAUUACUUCAAGAGCCAUUGUUUGCGAAGUGGUCCCACAUAACGACAGGCUGCACAGCUAUAGAUCAUUGCUUGCGUGGUGGAAUCGUGACGCGUGGCAUAACAGAGAUUUGUGGUGCAUCAGGGGUUGGAAAGACGCAAUUACUGCUUCAAUUAUCUCUAACAGUACAACUUCCCACUGAUUUGGGUGGAUUGAAUAAAGCAGUCGCCUACAUUUGUACUGAAGAUUCUUUUCCUUCUAAGCGUCUGUUUCAGUUGUCGAAAGUAUUUGAAAAGCGUUUUCCUGAAGUUAGUAUCAACUAUAUGGGAAAUAUUUAUAUAGAACAUGUAUUGGAAGCGAGUGACCUAUUAGAAUGUGUUGGUGUGCGUUUGGCAAAGUUAAUGGAAUCAUUUAAUAUUGGCCUUAUUAUAAUAGACUCAGUGGCAGCAAUAUUUCGCACCUACAACAACUAUAUCAAGCGCGCUCGGGACAUGCGCAAAUUGGCAAAUCACUUGUUGCAUAACGUUGACAAAUACAACUGUGCGGUGAUUUGUGUGAACCAAGUUGCUACAGUGAGUGAUGUGGGAAAAGAAACACCCUGCUUGGGUUUAGCGUGGGCACAUUUGGGGCGCACGCGUCUAAAGCUCUCCAAAGUUCCGAAAGAAGUGAAAAUCAAUGGAGACUUGUUAACAGUGCGUCGAUUUGAAAUCGUAUACUCACCCGAGACACCAAACGAAGUAGCUGAGUUCUUAAUUACUGCCGAUGGUGUUGUUGAUAUACCCAUAUAGUUAUCUAAUAUAUCUAUUUAUUCAUUAUGUUUAAUUUUUAUUAUAUUUUUAUUGUAUUGUGUUUUCGCAUAGCUAAGCUUACAAUGCUCCUGUUUUGUACAUUCAAUAAAUAGUUAAAGUGUGAAUAAUGUAAUUGAUUACAUUCAUUGUUUGUAAACACGACCAAUAAACUGUGUACGCAUGUGA